AUGCCUGACGGAGUUCGGGUGCUGACGCUGGCAUUGAUGCUCCUGGCCGCCGGGAAAGCUCAGGAGUGCUCUCCUGGGAGACACCAGUUUCUUCAGAGCCCUUACAGAAGUGUCCAUUUUGACUCCCUGCGCCUCCAGCAGUUAGCCAUUCAAGACCUGAUAUGUGACCACUCCCUUCCUCCCGGAUGGUAUCGAUUUCUCCUCUUUGCCAGACCUGCUAAGAUGCCAACCAAAUGUGUUGAGAUGAACCACUGUGCAACACAGGCCCCCAUGUGCCUGUCUCUGAAUGAUUCAGAAACACUACCUCCACCUGGGGAGAUCAAGCAAUUGACAGCUUGUGCCACAUGGCAGUUUUUGUUUAGCACUACAAAAGACUGCUGUCUUUUUCAAAUCCCAGUGUCCGUAAGAAACUGUGGAAAGUUUUUUGUGUACUUACUACAACCCACUCAGGGAUGUAUGGGAUGUUGUGCAGAAGGUCAGCUGUCUGCCUCAUUGCCACCACCACCUCCAGGAAGGCCAGAGGUUGUGGUGCAGCUGAUUGAGUCCAGGCUUUUCUGUAGGUGUGCUUUUGAUGUUUCCCCUACAAACAACUCAGUGGGAUUUCUCAUAGCUUGGUCUAGGCUUUCUUCUCUAGAAAUCAAAGAGGAGCUGAAACAAGAGACCACAGUUCAACCAUUCUCUCUUUUAGAACUGGAUGGCAUAAAUCUCAGACUUGGAGACAGGAUAUUUUGUAGUGCUUCCAUCUUUUUCUUGGAGAAACCACAUGUACAAAGUUUAGCCAUCAAAAGCUGAGAAUUUUUUGCAGGCAUUAAGUUACAACCUGAACUGAACACUGUAUCAGAAGAUGGGAAAGAAUACCAGUUGAGGAUAGAGAGCACAAUUCCUAUCGUUUGUCCUGAAUUCAGUGAGCUUGAUCAGGAGUGCAAAAUCUCAUUAAAACUGACAACUGUUGAUCAAGGUAAAGAACAGCUAGGCUUAAAUUUGUCACUAUCUUCCUGUCACAUGGACCUUCACCAGACAUCAUCCUGUGCUAACGGAACCUGCAGCAAUGCUUUUGUGUACUACACUGCUGUAACAGAUUUUUCUCAAGAUGGAAAUAGAGUCACGAAUAUUGUAGUAGAACCUGUAGUUAAUGAGGAUUUCCUAUGGAACAGCUACAUUCCAGACAGCAUCCAGAUCAGAGUAAAGGAUGUCCUGACUGCUUACUGCUAUUCAUUUACUGACCCACUUAUAAUUACCUUUGAUGGCAGAUAAUUUCCUGUAAGUUUUUUCCUUUGGAUGUAUGAUAACUUCAAGACUGGAACAUUCGUGCUUUAUAAGAGUAUGUCGCGUGAUUUUGAAGUCCAUGUAUGUCAGUGGGACUGUGGAAGCCUCCACUAUCCUGUGUCAUGUAACUGCGGCUUUGUUGCCAAAGAAGAAGGUGAUGUAGUUACUUUAGAUAUGUGCGGUGGUCAGCUACAUGAAUCACAGCCAUAUUUAUUUGUAAAGAGCCAAGAUGUAACUAGCAAUAUCAAGAUAAGUGAAUCUUACUUAGGAAGAAAAGUCACGAUCUGGUUUUCUUCUGGAGCAUUUAUCCGUGCUGACCUUAGGGAGUGGGGCAUGAGUUUAACAAUCAGAGCCCCUAGUUUAGAUUACAGAAACACUAUGGGACUUUGUGGCACCUUUGAUGAAAACCCAGAAAAUGAUUUCCAUCACAAAAAUGGGAUCAAAAUUGAUCAAACUUUUAAUAAUUGUGUUGCUUUUAUUAAUGAAUGGAGGAUUUUACCAGGAAAAAGCAUGUUUGACACAAUGCCAGUUUCUCUGCCAUCACCUAGAAAACAAUCCUAUUGUAGCUGCUCAUUGGACACUACUUCAUUGUAUCCAUCUUCUAAUCAUCUGGAAAGUGUUUCUCAAUCAGAGAUUGUUUCAGCUUGCAAAGACCCCAAACAUGUCAAAUUUGCUUCCUUGAUACCAGAGCUAGAUGUCACCUCUGAAUAUAUUAAUUCAGAAGCUCCUGUCAGAGGAAUAAACAAGCAUACAUCUCGAGAAAAGAAUAAUUUGUAUUUCUUUCCUCAAGAAAAAAAGCAUGUGAAUCUAACCAAUCUGGACUUAAAUUUGCAAAAACAUCCCGGGAAUGAAAAACAAGAUGCAUCAAAAACUUUGGACAAGGGGAGACAUACACAGGACCAGGGUAAUCACAGCCAAGAAACAAGGUGGGAUCGACAAAACAGAUGGAAACAGCAAAACUUCAGUGAGUUUCUUCCUGUGUUUGCUUUUCAAAGUCUCAGCCAAAGUGACCUAGAAGAGUUUACUUACUUUUUCCCUGAGGACCAUACUGAGGAUGUCCACCAAGAGUUUGUCCCCACGUGGCCCACACCAUCUGGCCACACCGAAUACAGCACAUUGGCACUAUGUCAGCACGCUCUUGCCAACUCCAGCAUGGGAAUGCACUGUCUUGCCUUUCUUGGCAAGAGACUAGACAGUGUGAUAGAGAUGUGUGUUAAGGAUGUUCUCCUAAAAGAUGAUCUUAGCUGGGCAGAAGCAGGUGUGGCCCUUUUAGAAAAUGAAUGUGAAAAGAGGAUUUUGGAAGAGGGGAAAUAUAACAGAGAAGAAUACAGCAAGUCAAUUAAAGACAUUCUCUUGUCAUUAAAAUGCCCCAAUUUAUGCAGUGGCCAUGGGCAGUGUACGGAAUGGGAGUGUGCAUGCUCCCCAGGCUUUAGUUCCUAUGAUUGCAGUGAUUCACACGACAAGGUUCCUGAAAUUAUAGAACUUGAGAAUGCUGGGUUGUGUAAUAUUCAAAAAUAUAACUGUAUGAUGGUGAGAGUUUUUGGUCAAGGCUUCAAAGAAUCACCUUCAAUUAAAUGUGAAGUUACUAAACUGAAGGCAAAAACUGCCAGGAAGAUGUUGAUGAGUGUGAAUCCAGGCCUUGCUUUUCAGGAGCAGAGUGCCUCAAUACCUUUGGUUCUUAUCAUUGUGGUUCAUGUCCAAAAGCAUUUUACGCUCGGGCUGACUAAGACACACAUGAAAUAUGAGGAAGAAGAAAUAGUUUCGGAGAGAAAAGAUAAUGAAUUCAUUGAAACACAGUUUUUAAAUGAAUUUACUACACAUACUGUGGUUCUCACAAGGUCUGACAACAGUGUAACUAAGGAAGAGGAUGGUAAAAAUGCCAAUCAGAGGGAGAGGAAUGUUAAGCCAACAAAUGGAAAUGCCUCUACCAUUUGUAGACAUCCAUGUGGAAAAAACAGGGAGUGUGUUGUCCCAAACAUAUGUGAAUGUAAACCUACUUACACUGGUUCUAACUGCCAAACCGCUAUAUGUCAUCCUGAUUGCAAAAACCAUGGAAAAUGUAUUUAGCCUAACAUUUGUGAAUGUCCCCCAGGACAUGGUGGAGCUACCUGUGAUGAAGUAGUUUGUAACAGGCACUGUGAAAAUGGAGGCAAAUGUCUUACACCAGAUGUUUGCCAGUGCAAGCCUGGCUGGUACGGACCCACCUGUAGCACAGCUUUGUGUGACCCUGUUUGCCUAAAUGGUGGUUCCUGUAAUAAGCCAAACACUUGCCUCUGUCCAAAUGGAUCCUUUGGUGCACAGUGUCAGAAUUCUAUCUGUCACCCUCCCUGUAAGAAUGGUGGUCACUGCAUGAGAAAUAACGUGUGUUCCUGUCCUCAAGGAUACACUGGUAGGAAAUGCCAAAAAAGUAUCUGUGAUCCCAUAUGCAUUAAUGGAGGAAAGUGCAUGGGACCAAACCUUUGCUCUUGUCCUUCUGGCUGGACAGGGAAACAAUGCAACACACCUAUCUGCUUUCAGAAAUGUAAAAAUGGUGGUGAGUGUAUUGCUCCUAGCAUAUGCCAUUGUCCUACGACAUGGGAAGGAGCACAGUGUCAAAUACAUAAGUGUCUUUAUGGAGGCAGAUGCGUACUCCCCAACAUAUGUUUUUGCCACACUGGAUAUACUGGAGUCAAAUGUGAAAAGAAAAUACAGUCCGGUUUCAUUUGCUCACAGGGGGCCGCAUGCAGAGUCCACACACCCAGCCCUUCAGACCGGAGUUCCCAGUGUCGAGUGUCUGCACCUGACACCUCAGCUUGGCGGGCCGUGUGCAGAAGGGCUGCACCUGACCGCUCAGUUCAAGAUGGCGGUGGUGGGCUGUGCGCAGAGACGCUGCACCCGCCCCGCCGGCUGGAGCCGUGA